GUGACAUAAACGCAUGCAAUUUGAUUAUCACCUCAGCUCUCAGCUCGUGGAGGAGAAAGAAGCAGCUCCAGUUCUCUCUGGUCUGCACGACGAGCAAAGAUGAAGGACUUGGCGGGGCUGGGGCACCUGUUCGUGGUGACGUUCCUGUUCCACUUCGCAUCCUUCAUGGUGAUCCCGGCGGUCACCGACGUCACCAUGGAGGCCGUCUGCCCCGGCCGCGACGAGUGCUCCGUCGCCAUCUACCUCACCGGCUUCCAGAACGCGGUCACCGGGCUGGGGGCGCUCGUCGUCACCCCCAUCGUCGGCAACCUGUCGGACAGGUACGGCCGGAAGGCGCUCAUGACGCUGCCGGUGACGGUGGCCGUCGCGCCGCUGUUUAUACUGGCUUGCAACCGCUCGGAGGUGUACUUCUACGUGUACUACGUGGCCAAGAUCAUCGCCGGGAUCUUCUGCGAGGGCACCAUGCACUGUCUCUGCCUUGCCUACGUGGCUGACCACGUGGGCCCCAGGCGUCGCGCGGCAGCGUUCGGUCUCCUCUCCGGUGUGUCGGCAGCGGGGUUCGUGUCGGGGACCUUGACCGCGCGCUUCCUCCCAACUGCAUCCACCUUCCAGGUCGCCGCCGCCGUGGCCGUGGCGUCAGCGCUCUACCUCAGGGCCUUCCUCCCCGACGCAGGCGGCGUCUCCUGCGCUGACGAAGCCUGCGAUCCGCUCCUCCAGGAUUCGUCCUGCACCUCGUCCGCAUCAUCCUCCGAUGAAGAGCUCUCGCCUCGGCUGCCGCCGCAUAAGAGCGGGCUGCCGUCUCUAUCCGACAUGGUCGCGCUUCUCACUAGCAGUUUGGCCUUGUCAGGGGCAGCAGUCGUCACUUUCUUUUACAGUCUAGGUGAACAUGGGCUUAAUACUGCAUUGCUGUACUACCUGAAGGCACAAUUUGGUUACAGCAAAGAUGAAUUUGCUAAUCUGCUUCUAAUUGCCGGUGCUGCCGGAAUGCUAUCACAGCUCACUGUAAUGCCUAUCUUGGCUCCGAUUCUGGGUGAAGAGGUGCUGCUUAUUGUUGGGCUGCUAGGUGGAUGUACUCAUGUUUUCUUGUAUGGCAUUGCAUGGUCAUACUGGGUACCUUAUUUUGCUGCAGCAUUUGUAAUUUUGAGUGCUUUUGUUCACCCAUCUAUAAGGACCAAUGUAUCAAAAAAUGUUGGAUCAAAUGAGCAGGGAAUUGCUCAAGGAUGUAUAUCUGGGAUUAGUUCUUUUGGAAGUAUACUAGGUCCCCUCAUAUUUACUCCUUUAACUGCAUGGUUUCUUUCUGAAACAGGGCCCUUCGACUUCAAAGGUUUCAGUAUUUUGUGUGCUGGCUUUUGCACCCUCAUUGCGUUUAUUAUCAGUUUGAGGAUGCGUGGAGCUCAAUCUAGUACGUGCAAGAAGACCACGGUUCAGCAUGAGCAAGCAUAACAGAAUAUAGUAUGGUGCCACUUACUGUUUUUUAUUCUGCCCAAGUACAUAGACAGAAAAGGACAGGAUGGAAAAAACGUCACUUGAAGCAAAAAAAAAAAAGGUAUAAUGACAGAAACUGCUAUAGAAAUAUGCUCGAUUUCGUAUGUUCAAAGAGAAGGAAUUUCUAUGCAAUUAGGCAUUUUAUCCUUCACUGGAAUGCUAAGCAUUGCAAAAUUGGCAACUGCCAUGCCGUCGAGCAUGUUCAGUCGUUUGUAAAUAUGUUCCUAAUAGAAAGUAAUUCAGUUAUUUGCAAAUA